UUUGGUCAUUCACGGAAAAUCUAAGGAUGAAAUGCCAUAUUUUGAAAACGGAAAAUUUCUAGUCUAACCUAACUUUACCUAACCUUACCUUACCUGGAGGGAGGGUGGCUUUGACCCCCUGGUCUCCCUCCCCCCCGUAAAGGACUCUACCUAACCUAACUGGUGGGGCUUCACCCCACCUGGACCUACCUUAAGGACACUAACCUAACCCAAUCUAACCUAUUUAUGGGGCUUCACCCUCUCCCGCUGAACCACCCCUUAAGGACACUAACCUAACUAAACAGUCUGGUCAGUGUUUACGAGUAUGUAUAUAGAAGACCUCACAGUUCUAGUAUGUCUCAGGAUUGGUCAUACUUCUCUGAAUAGACACAUUGAAUAAUUCUGAAGUAAUAGUAGAGUCUUCAUCUGAGGUUAAUUUCAGUUAGGGUUAGGUUUAGGUCAUUAAAUUCACUGUUAAUUUAUUUAUUAUGUUGAUCACAAUUUGAAAAGGCAUCAUGCUUUGCACAGAAAUUAACAGCCAAUGCAUGGAAAUUAGUACCCUAAGGCUGCUUCCAUAAUAUUCAACACAUUUAGUGCAUAUGGCCAUACACCUUUUUGUCCAUGGUGUCCAGGCACUGAGGAGACUAUACACCUCACAAGUGCUCUUCCAGUAGUCAAUAAUUAACUUGGGUGCCUCCUUCCAUGCUCUUCCAGUUCUUGCAGGUGGCAGGCUUCCAAAUGAAGAUGAUGACAAGAUAUUACAACAUGGGAAGAAAUAUCUCCAUGAGGCAUCCUAGGCCUGUCAUCAGAAUGGUGUGCCAUCCUUUUCAUGACCAUUAACAAAGAGGGAAACAAGACUAAAGGAAAGUAGAAGACAAAAGUGUACAGCAGGAAACACCAGGAAUUAUAGCAACAAAGGAUCAUCACCUGAAUUGUCCUGGUGUGCCUCAACCUGUGUGUGUCUGCAGGGAUGUGUGGUGCAGUGCAGGAGCUGAGGGAUUACUGUGUGCACGUCACUGCAAGGAGUAUUAAUGAGCACACUCAGCUGAAUGGUCUAACCCAGCGUGACCUGCAGGAGGUGUGUGCAGGGCUGAGUGUUGACCUGCCUCUGCCCAUUGCCCUUAGCCUGCCCCUGGAUAACCUUUACUGGCAGAGGAGAACCCAGGCACACUUCCCCCCCACCUCAUGUUUCCCUACAGAGUCGCUUAAAUCUGAGAAAAGGAGGAAGAGGUGGAGGUGAGAGGGCACAUACUCCAGCAGGCAAGGGAGGAGGGAGUGGAGGUACCAAAAUGAGUUCUGCAUCCAUCCCUCGUUCUGGCAGUAGUAGCAGUGCUGCUGCUGCCUCUACACAUGUUCUCUCCCGCCCUCUGCCCCCAACCACAGUGGUGGGCAGGCGAGAUGCAGGUGGCAGGCAGUGGCAACAGGUGUAUGUAGAGCGUUACCUUUCCUGUGUGAUCUGUGCCACCCAGGACACAAAGGCUGGCUGGAGGCAACUGUCGGCCCUCCUGCAGGUGUGUGGGAGGGAUGUGCACACCUUGCACCUGCCCUCCUUAGCAUCCCCAUCCCCCUCCAGAGGGAAUGGGGAAGUAGUGGAGGUGGAGCCAGGCAGCCUGAGUCACCUGGAUCUGUUUGAGAUCAUCUCAGCCUUGCCAAACCUGCAGGAGUUGAGUAUAAGAUAUCAGAGCACACAGGAGGGGACAGAGCUGGUGUGGGGUGCUGUGGGGGCAUCUGUUCUGGACCUGGCAGCCCUCACCCCAGCCCUCACCCCCACCGUCACCCACCUCAAAUAAGCAUAGGAGCUGGGAUGAUGGGCUGAUAAUUAGCUGGUACUACAAGGAUCUAUGAGAGCUGUAUAGAUGAUACAAGAGCUGAGCGACUUCUGGCAGGCCUUAGAGGUCAUCCUAACUUGACCUGCCUUGACCUGCGUCACAACCUGCGGACCUGUGCCUCAGCGCCUCACCUUGUUGAUCUCCUGAACUCUUGCCCAUCCUUACGAAGCCUAAACCUGCACCACAACAAUAUAGGCAGCACUGGUGGCUCAACUUUGGGAGAAGCCCUAGCCAGGAGACCCCUUCUACCCUUAGAAGCCCUUAUGAUGGACCUGAAUCCUUUAGGGUCCAAGGGGGGGCUGCCCUACUUCAGGGAGCAGCAGCCAGCAGCAGCAACAAUGAUGAGGAGGUGAUGGAGGGUAAAGGAGAGAAAGGGAGGAGAGGCCUGCGUGUGUUGUCUCUGGCAGGGUGCGGCUUGGGGGAUGAGUGUUGGGAUCCCUUAGUGGCAGCCCUCACCUCCUCCCUCAGAUAUGUGUGUCUGGCUGCUAAUUCCUUCACACAGGAACCACCCAAAGAAAUCCUCUCCAUUGUGGAAAGAAAAAGAAGAGGAAGAAAAGAAAACCACAAAAAGGAGACAAGGAAAAAGAAGCAGAGAGAGAAGAACCACCUCGCCUCCUCUUGACCAAUCUUGAGGGCAGCACCUAUCUGCUGGGGAGUGUGAUGGGAGGCCACAGCCUGGCCCUUCCCCUCCUGCACCUUCGGGAGGCCCUCCAGUCACCCCUCACCCCAGCAGCUGCACGGGAGGACCUGUCACACCACCUUCCCCUCCAUGGUGUGUGGUUGAGGGAAAAAGACUUUUUCCUAGAGGAGGAGUUGAGAGGGAUGUGUCUGUUCAGCAAGGAGGCCAGGCAGGUAAUGAAGGAAUGAAAGGAAAAAGUGAUGUGUGGUGCAGGGGAGGCACACACACCAAUGUUGGUCAUAUAUUUUAUGAAAAAACCUACCCUUUCUUGGCCUUAUGUUACCUCUCUCUCUCUCUCUCUCUCUCUCUCUCUCUCUCUCUCUCUCUCUCUCUCUCUCUCUCUCUCUCUCUCUCUCUCUCUCUC